AUGACUAAGCACACCUACAUGGAGGACCGAAACAUGGCGGAACCGGUGGGCAGCAUCCUGGUGGAGGAAACGGAGAAGCUCGUAGACACGUACCGCUUCGACAGCGCGGCAAGCGAAGGCCCCAAGAAGUCAAAGUCAAGUCAGAAGAAAGAUGGAAAGCACGGAAUGGCUUUCCACAAAUCGCUAGCUGUGGUGAACGUAGCUGCAGGGUUAGACGGAUGUGACGACCAGCUACUACCAGCAAGUUUCAGAGCUUUAGAAGCAGAUUUGAAUUUACAUCCAUCCUUAUUAGGGUAUAUCACCCUGGCGCAAACAUUAAUGUUAAGUUUGUUUAGCCCCAUCUGGGGAUUCCUCUCCGACAAGUAUUCGCGAAAGUGGAUGCUCGUGUUUGGCACAGCCCUCUGGGGAGUGGCAACAAUAUUGCUAGCCAACAUAAAUGAUUUCGCUCAUAUCAUAUUCUUUAGAGCAAUAAAUGGAUUGGCCUUAGGUAGUAUAGGUCCCAUCUCACAGAGUAUCCUAGCCGAUGCAGCGAAGAAUGAAUCGCUUGGGUUGUCCUUCGGAUUGGUACAGCUAUCUUCCAGUGUGGGCAGACUAAUCGGAGGGGUGGUAACCACCACAGUGGCAUUAAAAUAUUUCGGAGGAAUUAGAGGCUGGAGAUUGUGCUUCAUCGUGGUGGGCAUUCUGAGCAUUUUGCUAAGUAUCGUAGUGGCCCUCUUUGUAGAUGACGCUCCAAGACAGGUUCGAAAAAAGAAGAAGAUGGAGUACCUAGACGGGGAUGACAUAGAUGCAGGUUCUAACAAUGUUAGGAUAGUAACCCAAUACACGCAGUCAUAUCUACUGUACCAGAACAUCGUGGAGUUGCUUCGAGACAGCUUGUCUAAGAAAAGCAUCAUCAUCAUUCUGUUGGAAGGAUUCACGGGGACUAUUCCUUGGCUAGCUCUAAGCUUCAACACUAUGUUUUUUCAGUACUGCGGGUUGAGCGAUCUGCAGGCUGCCAUAAUAACGGGGUUUCUACUCAUCGGCUCCGCACUAGGUGGAGUUAUAGGUGGCCACUUUGGAGAUAUAAUGCACGACAUAUCAAAUAAGCAUGGAAGGCCGUUCCUUGGCCAGCUAGCCAUGUUUGGGAGAGUCCCUCUGGUUAUUCUAACCUACUUGGUAAUUCCACAAAGAAAGGAGAGCUUCGAAUUAUUUGCCCUUUCCUGUUUCUUCCUGGGGUUAUCCUCCAUUGCUGGUGUUGCUGUAAAUAGGCCAAUCGUUUCGGACAUCAUUCGCCCCGAUUACAGAGGCACCGUCUUCUCCCUAACGAUUGCCAUCGAGGGAGUGGGGGCAUCCCUCAUUGGAGCUCCGCUGUUUGGUUACCUAGCCGAAAAGGUCUUUAACUACCAGAAUAACAACUUACUGAUUGCGGAGAUGCCGGAGGAGUUGCGCAGGAACAACGCGGAGGCCCUCUCCAAAACGCUGCUCUACCUGACGCUGGUCCCCUGGCUGCUCUCCUUCGUCUUCUACAGCCUGCUCCACUUCACCUACGGUAAGGAGUACCAGAAGAUGAACGAGAUCAUUGAGAGUGAAUACAAGUACGACGACGAGGACGAGGAGACCGUGGCGGAGAAGUAG